GAGCGUGUGUGUGCGUGCGUGCGCGUUUCUCUCCGCUUUACUACUUCAGUACUCCGCUCCGUUUUCCUCUUCACUCGUACUCUCCUCUGCCCGGCCGUCCGGAGCAGACGCGGAGAGCCUAAAGAGAGUUCCGUUGUUGUCCUUGGCGCGCAUCGUCAGCGUCAAUCAACCAUCAAUCGUAAUCGUCGUCAUUAUUGUUUGUUAUCUUCGUUCAUCGCCGUCUACGUAUCUUGCCGCGUGUGUACGCCGCAUCCUUCCCUACUGGCCCGCGCGCGUGCAUGGACGACACGCGCGCACGAGCCGACGAGGAUAUAGCCCUGGAUUCGUCCCGUUUACGCUCGUCCGCUCGGCUCGGCUCCGCCGCGAGCAUCGCCGCUGCCGCUGCCGCUGUCACUGCCACCGCUGCCUCCGUAGCUACUACCACCACCUCCACCACCUCCUCGACUGCCGCCGCCACCUGCCGCGUCGCGAGACGCAAGAAGAAGAAGAGGAGGCGUCAGCGACUUGUUACGAGUAACGACGACGUCCCUAGCGUCGCCGUCGUGGUCGCAUCCCGCGGCGUUACCACCUCAAGUAGUAACGUCGCCGUAGCUGAAGACAACACCGCCGACGCCGUCGUCGUCCUCGAGCCUGACGCCGACGCUGCCGUCGUCACCGCCGCCGCCGCCGCCGCCGCGGCCGCCUCCUCCGUCGGCACCACCGCCGGCGUCACGCUUCUCAAUCGACGCGCCGGCAAACGCUCGCCACGGCGAUGCAACGCCGGCGGACGUAGAAGCGCGAUGACGAUGGACCUGCAGCGGCUGAUCAACGAGGUGCACGCGAGGCCCGCGAUCUGGGACCAGAAGAAUGUCAACUAUCACAAUCGCGAUGUCAUACUGAAGAUGUGGCGGGAGAUCGCAAGGGCAUGCGAGGUGUCGACGGAUGUCGCCAAGUCCAAAUGGAAACAUCUGCGCGACAACUUUCGAAACGAGCUGAAAAAGACCUAUCGGGGUAAGUGCGACGGUAUCGGCGGCACCGAGCACGACUCUAAGUGGGUCUGGUUCAAGAGCCUAUUCUUCUUGCGGGACCAAAUGAACUCAAGGGUAAUCGGCUGCGCUCUGUCACAAAACUGCGUUGGUGCGGUCGGGAUGCGUUCCUCGCCGGAUGGCACGCAGAUCGAACCGCAGAUCGACAUUCUUGAGGGCCACGAGGAGACUCAGUUCGAUGACUUGGAUGGUGACUCUUGCCAGUCAUUGCUAUCCAACGAUGAUGGCUUGCAUCAGGUGAUGCCGCCGCCAAAGAUGAACAAGAUAAUCAGUCGGAAACGAGCAUUAAUGGACGCGAUCGAAAACGAUUACGGUGUGGAAGUGGAUCGAAAGCGAUAUGAAUCACUGCAGAAGAGACUGGCGAUCGGUCCGGAGGACGAGGACGACACCUACCACUUUCUCAUGAGCGUACGAAAUCCCCUGAGAAGCCUGCCGCUCGAUAGGCAGAUGUUUGUUCGUCUCAAGAUCCAGGAGUUGGUCUACAAUGAAAUCAAUUCGCAAAAUCAACAGCAGCAGCAAACCGCAGGUCGUGGUAUCUACGACGCUUCCUCACAGGGCCAAGAUGUGAAACCCCUGCGCGCCGGUAACGGCGGCAAUGGCGUCGUUGGCGGCGACGUCAGCGACAUGGCGAAUCCGGCGUCAUUGCUACAGAACUGCACACCCGAGGGCUCCGGCGACGAUGCCUUCUUCGGCUGA